AUGGAUGUCCUUCCCACCACCGAAAUCCCCCACGCCCCCGACAACGCCGCCGACGCCUCGAAGCUGGCCGACCAGAAGGCCGCUCUUACGCCUCCCACCAGCGAAGAUAUGAACAAGCGCGAGGGCUCUUCGUCUGAACUGUCGGAGCUGGAGCUCGACGACGAUGAUGAGGAUAUUGGAGAGAUAGAGCCUGACCACUACUGGGACGGCGGGAAGAUACCUGUCUUCAAGCCGACCAUGGACCAGUUCCGCAGCUUCAAAAAGUUCGUUGAUAAAAUAGACAAGUUUGGGAUGAAAUCGGGCAUUGUCAAAGUCAUCCCGCCGAAGGAAUGGCGCGACUCCCUUCCCGACCUUACCGAGGCCGUCAAGAGCAUCAAGAUCAACCGCCCCAUCUCCCAGGAUUUCCAAGGCCGCCAGGGCCAGUACACUCAGCAGAACAUCGAGAAGCAGCGCUCAUACAAUCUGCCACAAUGGAAGGCCUUGACCGAGGAGCUGGACCACCAACCGCCAGCGAAACGCGGAGCAAGGCGGGGAGAUCAGCCCGCACCCCCGAAGACCAGGACAACUCGCUCUCAAGCCUCCUCGACCCCGGCGGAACCCGCCACAAAGCGCCCUAGAGGACGACCACGAAAGCAACGGAAAGAUGAAGCCCAGGAGCAGUCGCCCGAAAGAGAGACCGGUGGAUCGAGACGGGCCAGCCAGUCACAGGUGCCUCCGACACCCACUUCCCCGUCGGCUGAUGCUGGUGCUGUUGACAAGAAGGUCGCCGCGCUCAAGAAAGAUGCUACGGAGGAAUCACCUUCAAGGCCCCGGGGUCGUCAGCCUAAGUCUAUCUCGUCACGCCGUAAGAACAACCGCAGCGAGGCCGCAGACGAAGUUGAUGAGGAAUCAUUCCAAGACUUCGACUACCACCUUAAAGGCCUUGAGGAGUUUACUCCCGAACGCUGUGCAGAGCUUGAGCAAAACUACUGGAAGACGAUCAACUUUGGACAGCCCAUGUAUGGUGCAGACAUGCCCGGAUCGCUCUUUGACGAGUCCACUACUAGUUGGAACGUUGCCAAGUUGGAGAACUUGCUCGACGUUCUAGGAACCAAGGUCCCGGGUGUCAACACUGCAUACCUCUAUCUGGGAAUGUGGAAAGCAACGUUCGCUUGGCAUCUUGAGGACGUUGAUCUCUACAGUAUCAACUACAUCCACUUUGGGGCGCCGAAGCAGUGGUACAGCAUUUCUCAAGAGGACGCACGGCGUUUCGAGAAUGCCAUGAAAAGCAUCUGGCCUAACGACGCCAAAAAUUGCAGUCAAUUCCUGCGCCACAAAACCUACCUCGUCUCGCCGCAGCGUUUAGAGAGCGAAUUCGGUAUCAAAGUCAACAAACUCGUCCACUACGAAGGCGAAUUUGUCCUCACGUAUCCUUAUGGUUAUCAUUCUGGGUACAACAUCGGUUACAACUGUGCCGAGUCCGUCAACUUCGCUACUGAGCAGUGGUUGGAGUAUGGCAGGAUUGCUAAGAAAUGCGACUGCGAAUCCGACAGUGUCUGGGUUGACGUGGCAGAAAUCGAGCGCAAGUUGCGUGGCGAACCGACCCCGGAAUAUUACGAAGAGACGGAUGAUGAGGAUGACGAAGAAAUGGAGGGCAUCGCUCAUGACCUUCCAAGCCCUCCAGCUAGUGUCAAGGGCAAAGCCCGGAUCGUUUCGAAGAAGCGGAAGAGGGACGCCGACGGCAAAGAGCCUGAAGGGAAGGUCAAGCGCGUCAAGCUUCGCCUCAGAGUGCCUCACAAAGAGCCUUGCGUCCUGUGCCCCAACGAUGUCCAGUAUGACGUCCUGCUCCCGGCCGACAACGGUCAGAAGGCUCAUCGCAUCUGUGCCUUGUACACGCCUGAGACGUACAUCAUCGAAGAGGACGGCGUGGAGCGCGUCUGUAAUGUUUCAGGCAUCGACAAAGCUCGUCUGGAUCUCAAGUGCAACUAUUGCCGUUCGAAGAAGGGCGCUUGCUUCCAGUGCGCAGCCAAGAAAUGCACCCGCGCCUUCCACGCUACUUGUGCCGCCGCAGCUGGUGUUCAGAUCGACGACGGUCCUGUUCCUACCUUUGACGAGGAUGGCACAGAGUAUUUCUGCGAAGGCUUCGAUCUUCGAUGCCGCUUCCACCGGCCUAAGCGCGCAAAGAUCACGGACAUUGAUACGCUGGAAAACAACAAGCUCGUUCCAGAAUACGCCAAAGAUCUUAAGCCUCAACAGGUUAUCCAGGCACAGUAUCUUGGUGGGGAAAUUUUCGCAGGUAUGGUUGUGGAGUGCAAACCGAGCGAGCUCAGUGUUAUCAUUGAUGUUCUGCCGGACUGCAAGGAGCGCGUCGAGGUUGAAUGGAAAUAUCUCCUGGUACUUGAUCCGAAGGACUCGCUCCGGCCCAAACCUUCAGCAAAUGCCAAGCCACUUCCAGAUCACCUCAACACCAGCUCUUCAAACCUCAACUCCAGAAACCAGAAGGAUGGACCUCCAGAGACGGAUGAUCCGUUCUGCGAUCCAAAUGCCGGACAGAAAUGGGCGGAAUUCCAUACGGCCAGUGCAGCGGAGGUCCGCAAUCCGUUUCAAGUCAAGGUCAACUUCGACAAGUCUGAUCAGAUAUGGCAUUACCUGGGGAAGACUUCCACAGAGGCGCGGGCACAGUUCACCAAUGAUCACAAAAGACACCAACACAACCCCAAGAGCAACUUCCUGGAGACGGUCAAGCCCCCACCACGCCCUCCGCAAUCUACUGACCGCCGUUCACUGGCUGCAACGUAUCCUACUGGAGCCAACAUCAACGCGCUCAACGGCGCGAUGGCUGCGCAAAGGCAGUCUUUGCAGCCUCAGUACGCGUCAGCGAAACCGUACGACUACAAACCAAAAGCUUCAUAUGCGCAGUCGCCGUAUGCAAACGUUCCGCUGGCACAGCACGGGUCUCCAAUGCAACAGUCGUCGUACAACUACGGGGCCCAGCCAGCGAGCAGAAACGCAAUCCCUCCGUACCCCUACCACCAAUAUGGGACCCAGUCCUAUUCUUCGGGCUCAAGCAGACCAUCUUUCUCAACCCCGACUUACACACAGGCAUCGCCGACCCCGCCAUACCACCAGACCCACCCGCACUCUCCGUACGCAAACUACUACGACAUAAAUUCAGGGAGGGCAGUGCAGUACCCAGGCUUCAAUCGCUCGGAAACAUAUUCCAACUCACCGUACGCGCAACGCGUAGCCCCAGUUGCCCCUAUGAUGGGAUCGUCAUCGGCGUCUAUGUCUCCACCGGCCCAGUCGCCAUCAAUCCGCUCCGAGUCGGUAAGCUCUAGCGGCGCUGGCCAACCAGACAUUGAGUACCUGCAAUUCCUACAGCGGUUCCCGUACCUGCGCAAUGCUUACCUUCGGCGACCAAAGGUGUACGAAUCACCAUACCCGGGUAAUAGUGGCUUCUCUGCUGCGUACGACCCGCGAAGACGCUCCAUGUCCCAGUCGUCCUACAUGGCAAACGGCUACGGCAGCUACGGUGGCGGACACGCAUACGGCCCAGGAUAUACGGGUCACAACGGCCGACCGAGCCUGACAUUCCAGAGUCCGCAAGAUUUCCAAGCCGACGUCAACAAGCAACAAAGCCAAGCCCCGCAGAUGAACGGCAUGCCCAAGUUCGAAAUGCUGCUCAAGCAGCUCUCGCACGCCAAUGAGAACGCGGCAAAGCGUUUCGCGCAGACGCAGGCGAGCUUACAGCAGACCCAGCAGCAGCAGCCGCCACAGGCACCACAGGCGCCGCAAGCGCAAGCGCAACAGCCGCAAGCGCAGGCUCAGAGCGCAUCGCCACCGGCAGCUGCGUCAACAGCAUCGACGCCAAACGGCGCAACGAGCACGCAGAUCCCGACAGCCAUGGGCUUGAGCGCCUACACCGGUCCGUCGAACACGCGCGGCUACAGGCCCGGCUACGGGUACGACAGCGGGGCGUUCGGGCCUGCGACGCAGACGCGCACGCCCUCGCUGGACGAUACCAAUGCUGCUGGAAUCGUUGCUACUACCACGACUACCAACGACAACAAUAACGGCGGCGGCGGUAAUGGCAACGGUGGCGGUGCUGCUGUAGUCGACCCGGCUCUCGGGGGCCCGCCGGCCACUCCUAUUAAUAAGGUGGGCGGCGAUGCGACAGCGGGUGCGGGCAAGGUACCGACGCCGCAACCGCCGGCUGUCAGCCCUAUUAGCGACGUUGGAGCUGAAGCGGCAGCGGCGGCAGCAGCAGCAGCAGCGUCGGCGACGCAGGCAAUGGGGCUGGGGUUCGGGGGCGAGACGUGGCGAUAUACGACUUAG